CCUAUAUAUUAUAUUCUAACAUUAAUAGAAGUAAUAUAGCGUAGAAAACAUAAAUGCGUUGCAUCUAACCCCAAUUUGUGUUUGUUCUCGAUGUGGGCCGAAAUAAUAGAAAACGAUAUGCCUUAACGUUAGCCUACUCUUGACGGUCAAAGAUAUCAUACGUCGGUUGGUCUGCGGGUGCAUUGCCUAAAAUCUGUUUGCUGUGACGGUGAAAGAAACAGCAUGCACGGAUCAUUUGAUAUUUGAUAUAAGCUUUCUAUAUCUUUUCUGAACAGUAGUUACAUACGAAUUGUAUGUUCUAUACAUAGCCUGCACAUUUUCUGUUGGUUAAGUUUAAUUCAGAGUAAUAAUAUGGGUUGCUGUAUUUUGAGUCUGUGUCUAUCAAUCUCAUUCUUUUCUUUUUUCAUUGAAUGCACUGAAUCCAAUCCGCUGUCAUCUUCUUUUAUUAUUAAUUAUAACCAAUAGAAUUUCGUCCAGCAUCAUUCAGAUUACAUGUACAUUCGCCUAUAUAAUAAUUUUAGAUCAUAAAAUAGGAUCAAAUCAGUGGUUUGGGAAACGGUUCCUUAGUAUAAAACAUUUAUAUCGAAAUUGUAUCCUUUAGUGAAUAAUAAUAAUAAUUGAUAUAAUACCAGCAAUGUCUCAAAGUAUUUUCACUGUAGAAAUGUCAAAUAAUGAUUUGUAUACCAGUGGACAAGAGCGUACCAACUACCAACACUUAUGUUUCCGCUUCAAGCACUACGCGUAUACGUGUCUCGAAAACCUAUACAAACGAAUUCAAAUUUCACUUCUUUUAAAGAACUAGAUCUAAUUUAUAAAAUACUUUAUAUCAAACAAACCUGAAAAGAGUGGUUUGUUGUUGUUUUGAAUAUGGCAUCCCAUUCAAAACUAGAAAGUGAAAGUAUAUUGCGAUAGGUGUAGCCUUAGCGGGGAUUUCGAGAUUUCACUUUUCGUACUGUCCAUAUAAAUCCUGAGCACCCAAACAUGAACAUGGCAUUCAAACCUACUAAACGAGAGAGUAGAAAACAUCUCUGCAAACAUGAAGCAAAAUCAAAUGUGGACUUACGUCUUUGUCAUAUUUUUGACCCUGCAGAGUCGAUGCUCUGCCUGCGAGAGGCUCGCUCGAUACAGCAUAAUAAGCAAUGAGUCUCUGACCCUGCUUAGGCAAAUGGGUGCACACGAUCCUCCAGGAAGGGUGCCAUUUCCCUGGAACCUAUACCACCAGAUUGACAACGAUAAGGCAGAGGACCAGGUGAGGUUUCUUACCCUGACCUUGGAUCAUAUCAUAGACCUCAUGGAUGCAAAGGAACACAUGAAUUCAGUAAAAUGGAACCCGAGGACUGUAGAUAAUUUUCUAAGUGUCCUGCACAGGCAGUCGUCUGACCUCAAAGAAUGUGUGGCUCAAUACCAAAAAUCAAUACAUAAGAAGUCUUAUGAGAAACGAUUAAAAAAGCACUUCAAGGUUUUGAAGAAAACUCUAAAGAAAAAAGAAUUCAGUGCUCAGGCAUGGGGGCAGAUCUGGAGAGCUGUGGAAAUUCACCUUAAGAGGAUGGACAUCAUUGCAAGCAAUGCUAAGAAGCACCUGAGACAUUAACAGAGCUUCAGUCCUGAUGGUCAGGGUUACAUUCCAUAAAGAGGAAUUGGUGCAAAGAAGAAAAAAGUCUAAGACUGCUGUAAAAACUAAAGAAAUAUGAAUUUUCUGUGAUUUAUUUAUUCACUUACACUUCUGUAUUACAAUUCAUUUUAGAUGUUUAAUGAAGUUUUGUCCUUGUAUUUAUUUUCUGAUGAAAACUUGAAAUGAUCAAAAAAGCAAGCUAAUUAUGUUUCUCAAACAUACAAAAUGGGUAAACUGAAACUUAUUUUUUUAUAUGGAUUGGUGGAAGAUGUAUUAUUUUUUAUAAAGUUGUAGUUGUAAUGUACAUGCAUUUUGUGAUUACCUGAUAUUUAGGUCUUAUUAUUUUUAUUAUAUAAUUGUAUUUAUUUAAAUUUUAUUUAUGUGUAGGAUUUUUAUAUCCUAGAAUAUUUAUUAGAUUCAUAUUUAUUAUUUAAAGUUACUUUUUUUGUAAUGCUCUUAAUGACUCAAAAUGUUUUUAUACUAUUUAUAAAAUGACAAAAUAAAAAAUGAUUUAUUAAAACUGACUUAAUGAGUAACAUGUUUUCUUUAAUCUUUAAAAGUUUGAUAUGUGCUUUGAAAAUGUUAUUGUCAAACU